AUGAAAGACCACUCUACGAACCUUGAAAAGAUGAACAAUGCGGUAGAUGCUUCUACCACUGUUUGUAGCAACUCGACAGAAAAAAUCGAUAAACUAAUUACUGAUGCAAUGGUAUUCAUGGAGAAAUUCCAGAGCUUCUUUGAGUCCAACACUACGAAGGUUAACGAAGUCAUUUCUAGCCUGGGCUCCACCCUUAAAACUGAGAAGGCGAAACUUCAGGAGGUUUGCACUGGGCUUACAACUAACCAUGCUCAGUUCAAUACCUCCAUCUCCUCCCAAAUAUCUAAGCUUCAUGAUGAUCUCAAAAUGGAGAGCACAAUAAGGGAUACUUUUGCUGUCAAGACUGAAAAUGUGAAUGUCCUUAAAGUCAAACUUGAGAAUGCUGAGAAACAAGUCAAUGAUUUGUUAUCCGAAAAAGAAACUAUGAAAAGCUAUAUCGCAGACGUUACUAGCGUGCUUUUGGAUAUCGUUGAGACUCAACACUCAAUGAUUACGAUUACGGUGAAAAAACAUCUAGCUAAGAAACUUAGGCCCGUCUUCACCAUGCUUCAUCGACCGGAAGGUGUUCGGGGAUCUAACUCCAUUCCAAAACAAAUGGGAGAAGUGAAGAACGUAUUGUUGACAACUGCAAAGACGAAGAGCCUGGUCAAAAACGAGCUCAAAAGGAGAAAAGCACGUGAAGCAGAAAUGGAUGAGCACCAAAUAAUAAUCCACGAGGCUGAAGCGAACGAGAACAUUGAAAGAGAAGCUCAAGUCACACUUGAAAGCUGA